AUGGUUAUUGCACAUAUUUCAUGUCAAGUGUUUGAUAUUGUUGUCACGUGGGAUUUCCUAAUUUCAUUGAAGAAGAAAGAGAAUAAUGUAAAUUUUGCCAACUGCCAUAAGACUCAGACAUGGAGAAGUUCAGAAGAAGCAGUCCAGCUGCUUAUAUUCAUAUCCACACUCAUCACUGCAUUGAUCUCCCACAAUCUUGUAAUCCCUGUCAUCUCCUCUACCACCACCAUUGAAGAUCAGAAAAACUUUUUCUUCUCUCCACCAGACCCACGUACAGGAUCUCCUCCUUCAGGCUCAUCAUAUGGGAGUCCUCCAUCUCAUCUCGGCGGUGGCCAUGGAAGCUCAUCACCACCUUCGCAUGGAACACCACAUGGCGGUGGUGGAAGUUAUAAUCCAACACCAUCAACGCCCUCGGGCAGGAACUGUGGCUCGCCACACCAUGACCCGUCUCCAACGCCGUCAACACCGUCUACCCCAUCAAACCCUCCGUCAGGUGGUGGUGGUUUCUAUAACUCGCCGCCUUCUUCUGGAGGUGGCAGCCCGCCGGCCACCCCAACCGACCCAGGCACCCCCACUGUCCCUUCAUCACCCCCUUACCUUCCUUCUCCCUCUCCCUUCACUGGUACUUGCAGCUACUGGAGAAACCACCCAGGAAUCAUCUGGGGAUUGCUUGGUUGGUGGGGAACGCUAGGGAGCGCAUUUGGAGCCUCAGGAGGCAGUGUUCCAGGGUUCAGUGGUGCAGGGAUGAGCUUGCCUGAGGCACUUUCAAACACAAGAACUGAUGGGCUUGGAGCUCUCUACAGAGAAGGCACAGCUUCAUUCCUCAACUCUCUUGUCAACAACAAGUUCCCUUACACCACCAAGCAAGUCAGAGACAGAUUUGUGGCUUCCAUUGGCUCCAACAAGGCUGCUGCAACACAGGCUCAUCUCUUCAAAAUGGCCAAUGAGGAGAAGAAUGAAGCCUCAUGACUGAUCUGAUCUUAUCUGCAGCAAUAUUUGGUUUUUGUGUGUCUCUGUUAAAUGAAAUGAGAGUGCUAUAUUAAAUGUAAGACUUUAAUUUAUCAGCUAGAGUGUGUGUUG